GUAGCGUGUUCCUAGAGGGACGUUUUUUGCCGUGGCAUUCUUGUUUUCAACAUUUUGUCCAGUCGUACAUGUCGAAGCUGUCUGCUGAAUAAAUACAAUUUACAGAAUGACAGAUGGUCCAGAAACGCCGCCUAACUAUGAGGAGCAGUUUGCCCACCGGUUCUCUCUCGAGGACCCGGAGUACCAACAGUACGUGAGUCGCCCCGCCAACCCCCCGCCACUGGUAGAGGACUGGGGAGGGCGUGGAGGUGGAAACAACCGGGGCAGAGACAACAGAUCACAGGACCGUGGCGCGUACAGGGGCCGUGGUUGGGGAGGGGACAGGGGCCGUGGUUGGGGAGGGGACAGGGACCGUGGAGGGGACAGGGACCGUGGAGGGGACAGGGACCGCGGAGGGGACAGGGACCGCGGGGGAGACAGGGACAGGCGUUACGACCAGGGUGGGGGUGGGCAUCAGUCUGGAAGAUACAACUCCUACAACCAGAGACCAUCACAUUACGACCGCUACUGAACUCCUCUUACUGUGGAGUGACCUCACAUCUCUCCAACCCUGUUCCUAGAGGGAGAUCCUCCUGUAGGUUUAAACUCCAACCCUGUUCCUGGAGAGAGAGCCUCCUGUAGGUUUAAACUCCAACCCUGUUCCUGGAGAGAGACCCUCCUGUAGGUUUAAACUCUAACCCUGUUCCUGGAGAGAGACCCUCCUGUAGGUUUUAACUCCAACCCUGUUCCCGGAGAGAGACCCUCCUGUAGGUUUAAACUCCAACCCCAGGUGUAACUAACCUGAUUCAGUUUAUCAACAAGAUAAUUGUUAGAACCAGGUGCGUUUGACUAGAGUUGGACUAAAAACUCUCCAGGAACAGGGUUGGAGUUGAAACCUACAGGAGGGUACCUCUCCAGGAACAGGGUUGGUGAACUCUGCAUUAUUACACAAAUACACCUGGCUGACACACACACACACACUGGCCGUAGCAGGUCAAUCUGAUCUCUCACCUCUUCCAGAUUUAAUAUUGUAUUGAUCAGUGAUGUCAUGCUCUAAUCCACACGGAACAGGAUUACAACAGUGGUAUUGAUUAUUCCAGCCAGUAGUCUGGGCAUAGAGACAAACUAUUUUCUCUAUAGGCCCUUUUCUAUAGUAGUGCACUAUAUAGGGAAUAGGGCUCUGGUCUAUAGUAGUACCACUAUAUAGGGAAUAGGGCUCUGGUCUAUAGUAGUACCACUCUAUAGGGAAUAGGGCUCUGGUCUAUAGUAGUGCACUAUAUAGGGAAUAGGGCCCUGGUCUAUAGAAGUGCACUAUAUAGGGAAUAGGGCCCUGGUCUAUAGAAGUGCACUAUAUAGGGAAUAGUUUGCCAUUUGGGACACAAUCAGUGCAGCAGAGUCAAAUGUAAAGUUUAAGAUGCUCAUCUUUGCUACUAGUGUGAUGAAGUGCAUUGAUGGGCAUGUGGUGUAUUGUGAGGUGGUUCUCUUGUUUUCAUUUAGUUUGUUUCUCUUGACUCCUAAGACGACCCAUUCAGCUGGUCUGGAUGUUGAUACGGUGUCAUUGAAUCAAUCUAAAAAUGUGUAAUGAAUGAAACCACAUUUGAACAGUCAAUGUAAUCUAUUUUCUUACGUCACAAAUAUGCUUAUUCUUUCCAGUUGAAUAUGUGACUUGGAAUUGUAAUCAGUAACACAAUUUUAUAAAAAAAUUUGUCUGAAAAAUACAAAUAUAAAAAUUG